CAGUCGCUGUGCCGUGCCUCGAGCCAGCGCUGAGUGGAGCCUGUCUGCCAACAGCUUCAGCAGCGGCUCUAUCUGGAACCAACUACACUCACUGACAAUUAAAGGAGGCCCUUUUUUCUUCUUUUUUACGAGGACUAUUCUUCACCAUGGGCGACAAGAAGAGCCCUACCAGGCCAAAAAGACAAGCCAAACAGACUGCUGAUGACGGCUACUGGGACUGUAGCGUCUGCACCUUCAGGAACACCGCCGAGGCUUUCAAGUGCAGCAUCUGCGAUGUGAGGAAGGGCACAUCCACAAGGAAACCCAGGAUCAACUCCCAGCUGGUUGCCCAGCAGGUGGCUCAGCAGUACCCGAUGCCUCCCCCGCCUAAGAAGGAGCGAAGGGAGAGGAGCGAGCGCACAGACAAGGAGCGCCCGGACGGCGAAGGAGAGCGCGCCAACGGCGAGGGACGCCCAGAGGUUGAGCGUCCGGAGAUAGCGAGCCCAGAGGGAGAACCUCCUGAGAAGGAAAAGAGCGACAAUGAACAGCAGCCAGUCAAAGACAAACCCGACGGAAACGUCCCCCCCGCAGCACAGACCCCCCCACAUCUGUUUUCCUCUAGACCCAAAUCAGACACCCAUCAGAGCCCACCCAGUGACAAACACAUACAGUCUGGCAAAUCGGCAACCAAGACCAACAAGAACUCUCACAUUUCCAGGCCCAAACUGAAGAACAUUGACCGGAGCACCGCCCAGCAGUUGGCCAUCACUGUAGGGAACGUGACCGUGAUCAUAACAGACUUUAAGGAGAAGACCCGCUCCUCCUCCACGUCCUCGUCCACCAUCACGUCCAGCGCGGGCUCCGAACAACAGCACCAGAGCUCCGGCUCCGAGAGCAUGGACAAGGGCUCGUCGCGGGCCUCCACACCUAAAGGGGAUCUCUCAGUGGGGCACGACGAGUCGUUCUGAGGUCCUGUCCCUUUCCUCCUGUCCUCACCCCGCUUCAUCUUCCCCUCCUCCCCCCUCCUUUUUUUUCUCCACCCCCCCCACCCCCCCACGUUUCUGGACACUAUGGAUCCCAUAGGGGGAGAGAUUUCACCUUUCCCAUCGCCGCCCUUCCUCCAUUCCACGACCACCCCUGAAUGCUGAGAGGAGCUGGAUGCCUGAGAGGAACAAUGUGGUGCGCCUGCCAGAAAACAAAAGCCCUUCUGGGGGGGGGGGAACUCCCCUCGUGGUUGCACCCGUGGCACAGGCGAGGAGAGCUGGGCUGCAAGGAAUAACCCCCACAACCUCCCCCUGCGGUAGCAUCCAGACACUUGUAUGUAUUGUUUUAUAUUUGUAUGUGGAUGUGAGGCCAAGUCGACAUUUGUUUUGUUUUUUGUAAAGAAGAAUUUUCCGCUGGGCACAAUAACCAUCAUUUCAAUAACUUUAAACUAUUAUUACCCUUAUUUAUUACCUGUUGCACCUGUAUACUUUGAUAUUCUACUUUUUAUGUUGAAGCUUUUGCUGUGUAGCCCUGCCGAUCAAUCAUUCCUUCAGUGUUUUUAUUACAGUUUAAAGAUGAUAGGACAAGACUCGAGACGCGCGCACACACACACACACACACACACACACACACACACACACACACACACACACUGGUGCUAGAUACACUGUGAAGCGGUUUUGCAGAUCUGGGAUUUCCCAUUCAUUCAAUGUGACAGAUUGCUGAUAAAUCAAAUUCUCAUUCACAAUAACACUGUCUUACUCUGAACACUGUCAGGACCUCCAUCAGGUCCAUCUUGUUCUGUACAGGUCAAUGUGCAUCAGAAGAAGGGUCACCUGAGGUUCAGACACCUGACUUUUUCAACUAGACUGUCUAUGAUUUAGUAUGCUAUAGCAGAUCUCUUAUACAGUAUCUUAUGUCCUUAACUGUACAGUGUAGGCUGUUGUGUAAAACACUAAAAGCUGUUGAUAUUUUCUGCAUUCCGUACUUGGAUAUUGAGUUUUCUGGCUGAAGCUAGAGCUGUUCUCUCAGCUCCUCAGCCAGAGUUUGUUCUGUGGUGACUGAAGGAUGGUUACAUGCAGUUCCACUUGGUAAAACCAUAUCGAACUGUAAAAUAGACCUGUUGUGUCAAGCUGUUGUAAAUCGAUUUCCUUUUUCUUUCGUUGUGGUUCUGAAGACAACAUUGAAUCUUCUUUCUCUCAGCCUGAUAUCCCAGAAAACAAGUGCAAAGACAUGAGGAAUUCACAAAGAUUGACAAUUCAGUUAAAGCUUAGUUUUUUUUAAAUGAAUUUAAGACUCCUGUCAUUGAAGGCAAAAUAAUAUUGCAGUAGUUAAUAUAACACAAUUGCUCUUUCAAUUUUUAGAACAGCAAGGCUUAUUUAAUGGUUUUAAUUCACUUUCACCUUAGCUGAUACUAGACCAACAUAAUUUUCUUUAACUGUAUGAAAUUGUAAAAAGAAUAAAUGUGUAUAUGAUAUCUUAGUUUUAUUUAUUGAAGGACCAAAGGAAUUUCAUAAUGACAUGAUACAUAGACAGAUACAUAACAAUUUGAAAUGCAAUUAUCUAAUGUGUGAGAUGAAUAACAGUUUAAAUAAAGACUAAUAUAAUCCA